AUGGGUCAGUGGCAGAGCUCCGAGAUCUGCUCGACGCCGGCGUGUGUCCAUGCGGCGUCUCAUGUGCUCUCGAAUAUGAUUCCCGACUGGUCCUCGAUGGAUCCAUGUACAGACUUUGACAAGAUGGUUUGUUAUGGCGCGUUCGAGAACGAUGGCGACAACGGCGGCACCUUCGCCGACCUCCAGGGGCGUACCAGCCGUGUCCUCCGCAAGAUUUUAGAGAGCAGCACCACGAAACAGGCCACCGACUUCAAGUCCACCUUUCUCACGGCCCGCAGCGCCGGUGCCAACGUAGCCGAAUACAACUUUGACAUGCUGCGCACCGCAUACGACGACUGCAUGGACACCACGGCGAUUACCAAGGCGGGGGUCACACCUCUGACGAACGUGAUUGUGUCGAUCAAUGAGAUCUGGUCAGUGAGUCCCACGGAUCUGACCUCGACGAUCAAGCCCGGUGAUUACGACAACCUGCACGCGGCCGUACUCGCGCUGGAGCAGCUGGGAAUUCCCAUCUUCCAUGACCUCUGCAGUUCUACAGACCCGGUCAUGGCGGACCCUCUGAACUCGAAACGCAACACGAUCUGCUGGACUGGACCCAGGCCGUAUCUGGCGUCUAACACGACCAUGUAUUUCGACGAGGCCGCUAUGGACUGGUACAGGGCGCGCAUAGGCAAGGUCUUUGCGAUGGCGUAUCCCGAUAUCAGCAGCAAGUCGGCCCAAAACUUGGGCGCGGCCGUGGCUGACUUCGAGGCAAAUUUUGUGAAGACCGCGCUCGAAUACCAGAAAACCCUGCCGAACCCCGGUGACCUUUAUAGCACUGUCAAGAAUGUGAGCGUGGCCGAUAUCGCCAAGCAAGCCCCUGUUUUCGGGUUUGACACGAUCAUUGCUGGCUUGACCCCCGCCAACGAGGCCCCCGCGCUCAUCCUCCUCGACUCGCCCGCGGUCUGGCCAACUUUCUCCAAGCUCGUGGCCCAACACUCCCCCGCCGCCAUCCAUGGGUACGUGCUGUGGAGGGCCAUCAAUAGCCUGCUCGAGGACGUGUCCGACCCCCAGCUCAACGCGGCACUGAACAUUGAGGUCCAGCAACCCCGCUGGAAGAUCUGUGUGGCCAAGAUGGACACCAUGUUACGGCACAUCAAGGACCACUACUUCCUCUCAGCGACCUACACGAACCUGACGAUGCAGGCGGCCGACAAGAUGACGACCAAUAUCCGCGCGCAGCAGCGCAAGCGCUUCGGCGAGCUUGCCUGGAUGAGCGACGAGUCCAGGGCGCGUGCGAUCAAAAAGGCCGACAAUAUGAUCCAGAACAUCGGCUUCCCGACCGAGAACCCGGACAUCCGCUCGUCCGCCUCCAUCGCGGACUACUAUGCUGGACUCAACUUCACCGCCGGGGCCGGGCACUUCUACAACAGCCUUGCCGCCCGCCGCCAUGCGACUGCCAAGAGCUACGGCGCCGUCUCGACCCCGCCCAACCGCCGUGACAUCAUGAACGUCGCCGAGGUGAACGCCUUCUACACCCCCAGCGCUAACGCCAUGAUCAUCCCCGCGGGCAUCUCCCAGCUGCCCAUUUUCCACUACCACCUGCCGGACUACGCGCUGUACGGCGGUCUCGGCUCCGUCAUCGGCCACGAGAUCUCACACGGCUUCGACAACAACGGCCGGCUGUGGAACGAGGACCACGAGUACAGAACCUGGUGGGACAACAACACCAUCGCGGGCUUCGAACAGCGCGCGCAGUGUUUCAUCGACCAGUACUCCGGCUACACCGUGGAUAUCCCCGGCGGCAAGACGGCCCACGUCAACGGUGCGCAGACGCUGGCCGAGAACCUGGCUGAUGCGGGCGGCAUCCGGGCGGCGUAUGCCGCGUGGGUCGAGGAACGGAAGUCGAUGCCCAACACAUGGAACCAGAAGCUGCCCGGCCUGGAGGACUUCACGCCGGAGCAGUUGUUCUUUAUUUAUCAGGCGAAUAUGUGGUGCAGUGCCGUCACACCGGCGCAGGCGGCUCAGUUGUUGGCGACGGAUGUGCACUCCCCGAAUCUGCUGCGGAUUAAGGGGAUGAUGGAGAACUCAGCCGAUUUCAAGAAGGCAUUCCAGUGCCCGGAUCAGAAGCCCAAGUGUGAGCUGUGGUAA